UUUGAUGAAUUAUUUUUGAGUGCAGAUGGGAGUUAUGCGAUCUGAUACAGAGUUGAAGCAGCGUCAAUUCGACUUUAUGCAGUGGCAAUGUGGCAUACGGUCCCCUGGCUUCCGUUUUCGCGUCUUAUCAUUCGACUAGAAACUAUACUUUAAUACUCUCUUCCCUCUUCUUCCAAUAUUCAGAUCUUAGAAACCGAUCCACCGCUACAUUUCUCCGGCGCCGCAUUCCUGGAUCGGACUGCUAUAUGAUCUAAGGUUUGGCCGCUGGGAUUAGGGUUUCCUGUCCUUUACGGAUCGAUGGUCUCAGCUUCCUGAGAAGCUGCAGGAGAUGGAAGCGCUGCCUUCCCACUCAGGAAGGCCUCCUAUCCGCACAACGAGCUCAUCCUCCGGUAGAUCCAGCACCGAUUUGGACUCUCCUUCCUCGUUCUUCCCCCCCUCCACUGCUAUCACACAGAGCCUUUCCUCUAUCCUCAACAACCCUCACGCGUCCCGCUCCGACGCUUCCUGGUCUAUUUUUUGGCCCUCUGCUUCCGUCGGCGCCCCCGACUUCUCGGCGCCGAUUGCCACCUCCGUCUCCCUUCCGGAUGUGUCACGUGGCGAAUUCCAGCCUUACCUUUCAGCUAUAUUCGAAUCAUACUCCCGCUUUGAGGAUGUUCGCAAACACACCAGUAGAGAGACGGGUGAUGCCAUUGCUGAGUCACGCGGUCACGGGGAGGCUCUCGUUUCCUGUCUUCGGGAAGUGCCGGCGCUCUUCUUUAAGGAGGACUUUGCUCUUGAAGAGGGUGCAGUGUUCCGCGCAGCCUGCCCUUUUUCGCCUUCCAUAGCCGAGAACGCCGAACUGCAGGAGAGGCUUACCCACUAUUUGGAUUUGGUGGAGAUGCAUUUGGUAAGGGAGAUUUCGCUACGAUCAGACUCGUUCUUUGAGGCCCAGGUGCAGCUGCAGGGAUUAAAUGGAGAGAUUGUGGAGGCGUGUGUGAAGGUCAGGGAACUGAAGGAGACGAUUAGGAUCCUGACUGGUGAUCUUGUGGGAUCAGCGAAGCAGGUGCAAGAGCUCAAUGCUACGAGGGGGAACCUUGUGGCGCUGCAUCAGAUGCUCACGGUGAUAUUGUACGUUAGCCAUGCUCUUUCAGCUUUGAAGCUGCUUGUGGCUGCUGCCGAUUGUGCUGGUGCUCUAGAUGUCAUUGAUGACUUGCAUCAUUUAUUGGAGACAGAUGAGCUUACUGGACUUCAUUGUUUCCGACAUUUAAGGGAUCAAUUGGCAGGAUCGUUGGAUUCCAUAAAUAGCAUUCUUUCAGCAGAUUUUGUUCGAGCAGCAAUACAUGAUGUCAAAGCUGUAGAUUCUUUUAUAUUGUCAAAAAUAAAAGCAACUUCAUCUGGCAUCAUGAAUGGUUUAGAAGACGAGGUAAAAAGUAAUGAUGAUGAACGCUUGGUUCUCCGUGAUCAUCUUCUUCCUCUAAUUUUUGGACUACUUCGAACAGCCAAGCUUCCCGCUGUUUUGAGGAUCUACCGAGACACUCUUAUUACUGAAAUGAAGGCUGCAAUCAAAAGUACUGUUGCACAGCUGCUUCCUCUUUUGUUAUCUCGGGAUCCUGAUAUGGUACCUGGUGAACGAACAACGGACUCAGAUAGUGGAGGUUUAUCUCUUGCUAGCAAACUUAGAAGCCUUUCAUCUGAAAGCUUUGUUCAACUUUUAAUUGCUAUUUUCAAGGUUGUCCAGGCACAUUUAAUGCGAGCUGCAGAAGUUAAAAAUGUUAUCGAGUUUAUGAUGGACAAUCUUGAAAGUUAUGAUAGUGAUUCUGCGAUGGCAAUGGUCACCCAUGGUUCAUCCGCUGUUGAUGUUGCCACUGAAAAUGAGAAUCAGUCUCUUUCACAUUUUCUGCAUUUUCUUCCAAAGAAUGCACAAAGAAAUCUCUUGUUCCAAGCAAAACUAAAUGAUACAUCCAGCCCUGUCACCUCAAAGAACUUUCGUGCUGAUGUAUUACGGGAAAACACAGAAGCUGUGUUUGCUGCUUGUGAUUCUGCUCAUGGAAGGUGGGCUAAACUUCUUGGUGUCCGUGCUCUUCUUCACCCAAAGUUAAGGCUUCAAGAGUUUCUAAACAUCUAUAACAUAACUCAGGACUUUAUCACAGCUACUGAGAAGAUUGGCGGGAGACUAGGCUACAGCAUUCGAGGAACGCUGCAAUCACAAUCAAAAUCAUUUGUUGAUUUUCAACAUGAAUCCCGAAUGUCAAAGAUUAAAGCAAUUCUUGAUCAAGAAACAUGGGUGACUGUUGAUGUUCCUGAGGAAUUUCAGGCAAUUGUUGCAUCUCUUCAUUUUCAUGAGGAGUCAUUUGUUAAUGAGUCUCUUCAAAGCAAUCAUAAUGAGCAGCUAAUUGUCAGUUCUAACAAAGAAAACAGAAUGGAUUCUGCACCAAAUCGAAAUGCUGAUGGUAACUCUGUUGAAACUGGAAAAUCUGCAUCUCAGACUCUUGUGUAUGGAGGUGUUAGUUAUCACAUGGUGAACUGUGGUUUAAUACUAUUGAAGAUGCUGUCAGAGUAUGUUGAUAUUUGUAAAUGCCUGCCAGCUUUAUCAUCUGAAGUCAUCCACCGUGUGGUAGAAUUUUUGAAAAUGUUCAACACCAGAACUUGCCAGCUUGUUCUUGGUGCUGGUGAUAUGCAGGUGUCUGGCUUGAAGUCUAUAACAUCGAAGCACUUAGCUCUGGCAAGCCAAAUUAUCAGUUUUAUUUAUGCUAUCAUGCCAGAAAUCCGGAGAGUUCUCUUUCUGAAAGUACCUGAGAGCCGUAAAGGGUUGUUGCUUUUAGAGAUUGAAAGAGUGGCCCAGGACUACAAAGUUCAUCGUGAUGAGAUUCAUUCAAAAUUGGUUCAGAUAAUGCGGGAAAGAUUAUUGAUAAAUCUUAGGAAGCUGCCACAAAUUGUUGAGAACUGGAAUGCUCCAGAGGAUAAUGAUCCACAACCCAGUCAGUUUGCUAAAGCAGUCACCAAGGAAGUGACUUACCUUCAUCGUAUCCUUUCUCAAACAUUACUUGAGAGUGAUGUCCAAGCAAUUUUCAGGCAAGUUGUUCAAAUUUUUCAUUCUCACCUGUUUGAAGAAUUCUCCAAGUUAGAUAUCAGCACACCUCAAGCCAAGAAUCGACUUUACCGUGAUGUUCAGGUUAUACUCGGAUGCAUACGGAAGUUGCCCUCUGAUGAUUCAAACAGAGAUCAGGUGCCAAACUAUGGUCUGCUUGAUGAAUUCCUGGCAAAGAAAUUUGGAGAGAAGGAAGUUGCUACCCAUUCAAAGUAGGAGCUGACUGUAUUAUAGGCAGAUUUUUUUUGACACUGGAGUUGGAACACCGUCAGGAGUUUCUUCCACCGCUUCUUGAUAAAGAAUUUAUCCAAUGAGAUUGCUGCUUAAUUCGUGAAGGUCUUCCUAGAGCUUGCUCUGAAUUGAAGUAUUCAUAUUUUACUAGCUUUUUUUGUUUUUGUUUUCAUUGUUGUAUUUUUCUUCUUUGGCCGUUGACUCGAGCUAUUUGGUCAAUCAAGCCUUUUUGGUUUGAUGGUUGUGAAUAAAUUUCAGCUGGGUAGAUACAAGUUUAUGGAACAAUUUCUCAAUCUCUUAAUGUAUAGAACAUUUUUGGCACUUGUAAAAAAACUUAUGAAUUGCACUUGAAGGAAGCCCCUUCAAUUUGAGUAUUAGGAAGAAGAAGAAGUCUCUUUAUUC